AUGGCUCAGAAGCCUCACUUGCUACUCAAGGAGCUGGGAUCCAAGCUCGAGACCCUUCCCACCUCCAAAGACGCUCUCGUCAAGCUCUUGAAGCAAGCAACCCCAUGCCUUGCUGAGUUGGACCAGUCACCUUCGACAUCAACAUUGGAGUCAAUGAAGCCUUUUUUUAAUGCAAUUGUUAGGCCAGAAUUGCUGAAGCACCAAGAUAGGGAUGUCAAGCUUCUAGUCGCAACAUGUGUUUGUGAGAUAACUCGGAUCACUGCACCUGAAGCUCCUUACAGUGAUGAAAUUCUAAAGGAUAUCUUUCACUUGAUUGUGGGCACUUUUAGAGGUCUAAGUGAUACCAAUGGUCCAUCCUUUGGCCGGAGAGUUGUCAUAUUGGAGACUCUGGCAAAAUAUAGAUCAUGUGUUGUGAUGUUGGAUCUUGAAUGCAAUGAUCUAGUGAAUGAAAUGUUCAGUAUUUUCUUCGCGGUUGCCAGAGAUGAUCAUCCAGAAAGUGUUCUGUCAUCCAUGCAAACUAUAAUGGUGGUUCUCUUAGAAGAGAGUGAGGAUGUGCGUGAGGAUCUUUUAUCUAUUCUACUGUCUAAAUUAGGUCGUGAAAAAAAAGCUGUUAAUAUGGCUGCAAGGAGGCUUGCUAUGAAUGUUAUACAGCAAUGUGUAGGAAAACUUGAACCCAGCAUCAAACAAUUUUUGCUAUCAUUCAUGUCUGGAGAUAGCAAGCUGGUCGGCAAUCAAGUGGAAUACCAUGGAGUUAUCUAUGAUCUGUAUUGCUGUGCUCCUCAGAUCCUGUCUGGAGUUCUCCCCUAUGUCACUGGAGAGCUACUGACUGACCAGCUGGAAACCCGUUUGAAAGCUAUGAACUUGGUUGGAGACAUAAUUUCCCUUCCUGGAUCUUCCAUUCCUGAAGCAUUUCAGCCUAUAUUUUCAGAAUUUCUGAAGAGGUUGACUGAUAGAGUUGUUGACGUCCGGAUGUCUGUCCUUGAGCAUGUAAAGAACUGUCUGCUGUUAAAUCCUUUCAGAGCUGAAGCUCCUCAAAUAAUAUCUGCCCUUUGUGAACGGCUGCUGGAUUUUGAUGAAAAUGUUCGAAAACAAGUUGUGGCUGUUAUCUGCGAUGUGGCAUGUCACACCCUAAAUGCUGUUCCACUUGAAACUGUGAAACUUGUUUCAGAACGGCUUCGUGAUAAAUCUCUACUUGUUAAAAAGUAUACAAUGGAAAGAUUAGCUGAAGUGUAUAGAGUUGUUUGUGAAAAGAGCAGUGACACCAUCAAUCCUGAUGAUUACAACUGGAUUCCUGGGAAAAUCCUUAGAUGUUUCUAUGACAAAGAUUUCCGGUGA